GAUAAGAGGCCUCUCUUCUACCAAGUUACCACAUCCCCCAUAGCUCAAACCAAAACACCUUAUCUCUUGUUAGUGUUAAUGGCUUCAAAGCUCUUGAAACCUCCUCCAAUCCCCAUCUCCCACGUGUACCCUCCAUUACCCAACACUGCAGACACCAUGAGAGCUCACACCCCAUUAUUCUCCCCCACCCAUUGCAUAAGCAAGAAGAAGAGCUCAAGAUUUGGGCAGAGAGUUGCCACUUCUUCAAUCAAAUCUGCCCAGCAGAGUGUUGGGAUGAGUGGCUCAGAUUUCCUGACAGUUUCCCAGAUUAAAGAUGGCCUUUUUGAUGCGUUUCGAGGGAUGAAUAGAGGCAUAUUUGGAGUGCCCAGUGAGAAGAAGAACAGAAUUGAGGAACUGGUGAUGCUGCUGGAAUCCCAGAACCCAACUCCUGAACCAACUCUUUGUCUGGACAAGGUAGCAGGAAGCUGGAAACUGGUUUACAGUACCAUCACUAUACUGGGGUCAAGAAGAACAAAGUUGGGGUUGAGAGAUUUGAUCAGUCUGGGAGAUUUCUUCCAGAAUAUUGAUGUUGCUCAGGGGAAAGCAGUUAAUGUGAUAGAGUUCAGUGCCAGAGGACUUAACUUCUUGAGUGGACAGCUGAGGAUUGAAGCAUCCUUCAAUAUUGCCUCUAACUCAAGAGUUGAUAUAAGUUACAACAGCUCGACAAUCACGCCAGAUAAGUUGAUGAAUGUGUUUCGGAAGAACUAUGAUCUCCUUCUUGGCAUCUUCAAUCCAGAUGGCUGGCUCGAGAUCACAUUUUAGAUACUUGGAUGAUAAUUUGAGAAUUGGGAGAGAUGACAAAGGCAACACCUUUAUUUUGGAGAGAUCAGAAGAGGAAACAACCUGAUUCAUUAUUUUCACUUGUAAAGUCUCAAUCACAGUUACACUGAUAUGUUAUGUAUACACACAUUUUUACCAACAAAAAUGAUCCAAUCAAGAAUUUCUUUUAA